CUUAUUUGAAAGAGUAUUACUCUACUUACUCCGUAUUAAUAAGUCAAUAAACACAUCACUCACACACAAACAACCAUAAAAAAACAUGUCUCCCCUCUAGAAAUUCUAAACAUCUUUUUUCAAAUUUAUACCAUCAUCAAAGUAUAAAAUUUGGUACUUCGUAUUUCUUACAAACCGACCAAACGAAUAUUUCCAAUGGAAGGUGUAGAAGAUGGAGGGGAGCUAGAAGGCGGCAGCUGCUGGGCCGAGUUGACUCAGGCAUGUCUCGUGAACAUCCUCUCGCGGCUCACCAUGGAAGAUCGAUGGAGAUGCGCCAUGAUGGUGUGCAAGCCAUGGUUGAACGCCUGCAAGGACUCGUCCCUCAAUUCGGUUUUCGACCUGGAAACCCGCUUCGGCCGCGCCGCCGAGUUGCCUCGAUUUUGGACUCCGGAGUUUGAGCGCAGAGUCGAUUCCAUGCUCCGAUCCGUAGUUCUGUGGAGCGAUGGCUCCUUGACUGAAAUUCGAGCCCGACACUGCUCGGAUCGAUCCCUCUCUCUGGUCGCCGGAAGGUGCGCGAAUAAGAUGCUAACUUUUCCUAUCCAUUAUGAUUCUGUAGAUUGGAUUGAAUGAUCAAUUAGUUUUUUGCAUUG